AUGUCGUCGAAUCGAGUGUCUGCAAACAGAGUGUCGUCACGCACAGGUAACCUACCUAGUUUAAUGAACACGGCAGUCAAUAAUGACGAAAUCUUUCGUUUUUCGAACAUUCUACACACUUUUCGCUCGUUAAAUCGUGGGUUUUCAGUAAGACGACGCGGAAACGACAACUUCCGCCGGCUAUGCCCGCUUCGAACGGGCAUGGUUAUGUGAGUUUGUAAUGAAAUGAGAAAAGUGGAGUGAUGAGAUGAGAAUUCAGGUCUUUGCUCCUCCAAGAAAUCGGCAUGGCUUACAAAAAUUGAACUUAAGUGGGAUGCGAACGCCGGAGCCGGACACAUCAAAUGAAGACAACAUUAACAGCCUGUUCGUUAAAAUUCGAAAUGAAAUCCAAUUAAAUUUACAAUUAUUCAGGGAAUAUGUGAGAAAAUAUCUUUCGAACACGCUCGUGCUGCCUCCGAACGAAGAGCAGCACGAGUUCGUACGGGAUCACCUCCAACAAAUGGAAUUGCUUGGAAACGGCAGCUUCGGAGUUGUUCACAAGAUGCUUCACCGGCCAACAAGCAUCGAAAUGGCUGUGAAAGUGAGACAUUCUUAAAGGUCACGCAAAUAUUUCGGUUUUUCUCAGAAAAUCACACUCAUCAACAAUGGGCCCGAUGAUGCGUUUAACAAGUCGAUGUACAGGUUUCGACAGGAGGUGGAAGCAACUAAAGCAGCCAGUAAUUGCACGGAAAUCGUCAAAUACUAUGGAAUAACUUUUCAUGAGGUGAGAAACAAUACCUUCCACAGGAUGCUUAUGGUUUCUGUCAGGGUGACGCGUGGAUGUGCAUGGAAUUGAUGGAUUUGUCAUUGGACAAACUCUACAUGAUCAGUCAUGACAUUGUGAAGACGAUCAUCCCGGAAGAAGUACUCGGAGCUGUUGCUGUUGCUGUGAGUGUUCUCAAAAAACAUGUUUUCUAUCGGUAUGAUUAUUUCAGACAAUCCGUGCGUUGGAACAUCUCAAGACCACCCAUCAUAUUAUCCAUCGAGGUAAUUCAGUACGCAGGAAUUUUCUAUUAUGAUCAAUCUAUUCAGACAUCAAACCGUCAAACAUUCUACUGGACAAACAAGGUUGUGUGAAGCUGUGCGAUUUCGGAAUCUGUGGGUAUCUGCAGAACUCUGUGGCUCAAUCGGUAGACGUCGGUUGCCGACCGUACAUGGCUGUCAGUUGAUAUUAGUGUCAUUCAGAAAUUGACGGAAUGUUUUCAGCCAGAACGUCUUGCUCCAAAUGGGGAUGGAUAUGACAUUAAGUCGGAAGUAUGGAGCCUUGGAAUAACAAUGGUGGAAGUGGCCAAUGGAAAAUACCCUUACGAUGGAUUCCUUAAUGCGCCGAUCCUCGAGCAAGUACGCAUGGUCGUCUACGGAGACCCACCGAUUUUGGAUCCGGAAAACGAAAUUUCCAUGCGAAUGAAGGCGUUUAUCGCUCAAUGGUUAGUACUAAUAUUUUCAAACUUGACAGUUAAAAUGUGUAAUUUUUCAGUACUGUGAAAGAUCGUUCAAUGCGAGCAAGCUUUGACGAUCUGAAACGGACAAUGAUCUACAGAGACUACUCGCGAGAUGACCAUAAAACCAUUGUCGGUGAUUUUGUUCGUUCCAUGUACGUUCACCGGCUCCGACUCCCUUUUGCAACUUUUUGACCUUUACUUUUUAGUUUUCUAAUACGCUAUUGUUCAUAUCACUUUUCCCCCGUUGUGUUACUCUCUCUUUAUCCUGUUACCUCUUGUUUGCACUUCUUAAUGUCGACUUUGUAAUUUCCAGAUCUUUCUUCGCUAUGUUCUUUUCAUUUUGCUUUUUGGUGUAUUCAGCAGUGAUGAUAACGUUCAUACAUAUUCUAGUCAACCAUACCUUUUUGUGAUGUUAUCCAGAUUCAUGUGAUUCUCUUUCCCGUCCUAGGUUACUUGUUCUAAUCAGCAUGCAGUGCAUCCUCGUCAUUUGUACACUCAGUCCUACCCGACUGACUCAUUUGUUUGUUACUCGCCCCGUCUCACGUUUCUGUCACUUGUUUUAUGACUGAUUGACUGAUAUAAAAAGUUUGGCUCUAUCUGAGUAAUCAGGUUCCAAAAUAAUAAACAGGUUCCACAAAUGUACAGGUCCCAAAUAUCAAGCAUAAGCAGGAUCCAAAGAAUACACAAGUUCACUUCAUGUUGUGGUUGAAACGUUGGCAAAAAGAGAAUGGAUUAAAGGACCAGGGAACCCAAAAAUUUUUUGAUGUUUUUGUGAAAUGUUUUUGUGACUGUUUGAAUUGUCUCUUAUUGCCUCAUACACUGGUGAAAUGCUGCCUCUCAAAAAUGCCAAUGAACGAAACGGCAUGCAGUUGAAGUUGUGGCCGUGGCCUAGCGCCAAUGGCCGAAAAAUAAAUAAAAAUAUAUGCGCUUCUCGGCCAUUUUAUUUUUUCCACUUUUUUACCGGUUUUUUUCCAAAAAUUCACGGUUUCUCCCAUUUUUCAGUUGAUUGACAUUUGUUCGGCACUUACUUAUUUUUUCACUGCUAAAACAUUGUUUUUCAUUCAGUCGAUAUGAAGUGCCAAAAUGGGAGAAACCGUGAAUUUUUUUGGAAAAACCGGUAAAAAAAGUGGAAAAAAAUAAAAUGGCCGAGAAGCGCAUAUAUUUUUUUAUAUUUUUUUCGGCCAUUGGCGCUAGGCCACGGCCACAACUUCAACUGCAUGCCGUUUCGUUCAUUGACAUUUUUGAGAGGCAGCAUUUCACCAGUGUAUGAGGCAAUAAGAGACAAUUCAAACAGUCACAAAAACAUUUCACAAAAACAUCAAAAAAUUUUUGGGUUCCCUGGUCCUUUAAUAGACGAGAACUGAAAAAUUGAAGCCAACGUGUAAAAAACGAAAAAGAGGGAGUUUUAAAAGAUUUUCUAUCUAGAACGAAAUUUGGGCAAAACCUCGUUCUCAGAAGUUUUUCUCACAAAGUCGAUAAAUUUGCGGUAUUUUUUCGAUGAAACAUCUUGGGAUUGUGUUUUAUGAGUGAUUUAAAGAAGUAAAAAAUGACAAUUUUUGUGGAAUUUCAGCAGAAAGACGGAAUGCUAUUGAUUUGCGGACGAAAAAAGUCGAGCGGGGCGCACCGAGUCCGUUUUGAUCUAUCGCCCGCCAAACCGCGCACUCUCAUUUUCCUGCGUCUCUCGGCCGGGGUCCCCCUCGCUAAUCUCGAUCUAUUCACUUCAGAAUGCCCCGUUGCCGUUCCGACCAUCGCUGUGGGCGUUGGGGAAGGGACCGAAAGGAUCAAGAAAGGAUAAAGUGAGUUGAGAAAAAAUUUCAAGACGAAAACUAACUUAUUUCCAGGUUUCGAUCACAGAUAUGUCGCCGAAACACCCUUUUUUACAUAGAACUACCGCAAAGGAUUUAUUUGACUCAAAGCGCUAUUGUCGGAAAUAUGUCGAAUGUUGGCUGCGAUUAUCAUAAUUAUUAGGAGUAACCAAAGGCAUCAAGGUUAGUUUCAUUCAAUUCAUUAUAGCCCGCAAAAAACGCCCCGGACCGCGCAAUCAAUCCGUUCAGGGUCUAUUUUCCAACAGAUGAUCGUUUUUUUCUACACGUUUUGAAAUUAUGGAAACGAUGAAAACGAUGGAAACGAUGAAACAAACGAUGAAAAACUAGUACAUUUCAAGACAUUCCAAUAAAUUGAAAGUCUAGAAAUUACACGGCCGACUGCAUCCUGACGCGUCCCAGUGAAUAUCUAUUGGACCCCUGACGGACAGACACGACAAGUGAUCAGCAGAAGCGAAAAUGUGACGUUUAGGUAUGAUUCGUUUUUCAGCAGGUUUUCCAAAGAAAAGAAUUCAUUUCAGUCAAUGAAAGAUUAUUGGUUCUACUCCCGUAUUCAUAUUCCGACGAAUAUUAUAUAUUUUUCGACUCGGAGGACACUUAUCGGAAGAUGUUAGCAGAUGUCGAUUAUUACGAUCUUAUUGAGGAGGCUACCAGUUACACUUUUCGAUUCUACUUUUCUUGUGACUCUUGUUUCUAUAUUGCAUCGUCACGAUCCAGAAUCCUGGUCGAAGGGAUGCAAUAAGGAUGAUGGUGGGAAUUUGUCGUUUAUAGCAAAUUUCGGACGGUCCGAUUCGAAAAUACCAGUCCAUGUCAAUUUUUAAAAAUUGCCAUGGACUUAUGAAAAUAUCGAUGAGACCUUGAAUGUGGAUGUUCUGGAAGACACACAAACUAUGCUUUGUUCAGCACUCGGGGACGCUAAGUUAUUCCGACUGUGUCGUGACAUCCUAACUUCAUCCAGAAGGUGCGUUAGCUAAGCACUCAGCCGAAAUAUGACUGAUUUUGCGAGAAUCGUUUUAAUUCAAAAACCAUUUUGCAGGAUGACUACGCGAAAGCCAUCUAUGCAAAUUGAAGUGCUGGUCAAUGGUCAAUGCGCGACAGCAGCUUGAAUUGAAAGUUGGCGAAACUUUCCAAGGAGUACGAAGAAUGUUCAUGAAUAGGUGGAAGUGUGGCCUGGACGAUGUACAAAAGGAGAAGGCGAUGACGUCACCGCCGAAGAAUUGAAGCUAGCAGAGGGCGAUCAUAUUGAUGUCUUUGAAUAGUUUAUAACAUGUGUAUUCGUGGAACUGUUUAUCAUUAUGGAACCUGUAAGCCCACCUUGGGUCCUGAUUACUAUUAUGGGACCUGGAUCCUGCAUUUGUAACCCGAUUACUCAGAUAGAGCCAAAAGUUUGACGAAACGUGGUUGUUGUUUUGAAACAAUCGGUUAUUACGAACACGGAUAACAACACCGCGCGGAAAGAGGUCAAGACAGUUGCGAUGUUGCGGGAAGGGAAGCGGAAAAGAAAAUAAAAGAAAGAAAAGUUCUUGCAUCUCUCGUAUCCUUGAAACACUCCACCGAAUUGAAAUGCGACUUUUGUUAUUACUACACUUAUUCAGUUGGCUGAUCAUUGCUAAUGCAUCAUGUAAGUUUUAAAAGUUCCUGGUUUAUAUGAUUAGGCCUCGUUCAGUGCAAUGCUUCAAUGUUCACCCGAGUCACGCAGUUUCCAAUUCCGAUUCAAUAGCAGAACUGUUCCAUGUCACAGCUGGAGACUGCUUGAAUUACUGUAUUUCCCAGGCGGCUCAAAAAGGAGUGAGCACAAAUAGAAAAUAUUUCCAUAAAUUUUCCAUAAUCCAUAAUCCAUGAAUAAAUUUUUCAGGACGGAUGUGUUUCCGUAGUUUUCCAUCGGAAGUUCAACACAUGUCAGUUGUAUGGACAUGAUGGAACUCUGAAUGGUAUUUCACCUAUCAAAAAAAAAAAAAGAAUAUCUCAAACAUUUUUUUCAGGCGCUGAAGUUGUGUACCUUGAAGAUCAUGAGUUCUACAUCAGAAGCAGUUGGGAUGGUCCUUGUCAAGAUAAAGUUACUCCGAGCAAAGGGUACAGACAGAACUUGCAUCAACUUCAGGGAUUCCCGGAAGCUGCACCUCGUUCUCAGAACCAACCGGUGCAAAAUGUGCCACAAGUAAAAUACGUUUUUUUAAAUAACGUUAAAACACUGGGUUUUAGUUUGAAAGCUCUCAAUUUCCUAUUGAUCCGAAUCCGCAAUCAAUUCGUGAGAAUGUGAGAAAAGCUCCGACCAACUUUGAGAUCGCGCUGCAGCAAGAAAUUGAACGUCAGAAAAUGGAAGAUGACAUCGACAUUGAGUAUGCCACAACAACAAUCGCGCCAAAGAAAAACAACACUCCGGAAAUCAUGACAACGUUCAAGAAUCCGACGCAUAAUUACAGUAAGUUUCAAAUCAGAAAAAAACGAAAAAGCGAUGAAUCGAACGCGCGUCGCCAAGUACUAACCGCUAUACUAAGCAGGCCGAAAGCAAGAGCAGAAGUUUGCGCUUAUCCACCCGCCGCCUGCUGACAUCUCACUGACCAACGGAAAAUGACUUGCAGAGUGUCAGAAGGGAGAGAAGUUGGCCUAUUUCAUGGUCUAUGGAAGUCGGCUGUCAGUCAAACAGUUGCCACAGAGACUAAAUGGAGUGGAUCAGAGCAGUUGUUUGAUGUACUGCAGUCAGAACAUAGUAACUACGACGUGGAAUCGAGAGAAUCCGUGAAAUCUGUUUCAGAAUGCGAUCGGCGAGAACAUACCAUGCUAUUCGCUCAACUACGAACCAACCAAUGAAAUCUGUGAAAUGUACGGGAAGCAGGAACGAGAUCAGAGCACGUGGGCGACUUUGGCGAUUGACGAGGAGCACAUGUUCGGAGACAAGUUCUGCAUUAACAGUGAGCCUAAAAACUGAAAAGUUCUUAUUUUUAUUCUACAAUUGCAGGCAAAACUGAUUGUGAAUCUGAGACACUUUAUCCAGUUUAUCUGUACAAGGUGAUGACCAAGAACAUUAUUUCUCAAGUGCCUGGUUUGAACUCUAAAGUUGCUUGUUUGGCAGAAUGCGUUGACAAUAAAGACUGCAAAGUGAGUAGGCUUUCUUGAAAACUUUCAUGCUACGCUAAAUUCGCAGGCAAUAACCUACAAGAAUGGAAUGUGCGUUCUCCAUUCCGCUUCCCCAGCUGAAGAUCCAACCUUGUUGAGUGAUGGAAGUUCAAAAACUGUGGUAAUCGAAAACGGUUGCCAUGUUUCAAACAAUCAGAAAGCGAAUCGAGUUGAAAGAAUUGAUGGUUGGAAUAAACAUUUUGAAUUAGAAUUCUUGUUUCAACCACAAUCAUUUUCAGCUACUGAGGAACUCGAGUCAUCUUGGCAGGAGUGGAGUUUGUGUCAGUAUGGGGUGAAGGGAAGAAAAAUGCGAGUUCGGCAACGAGAAUGUGAAGAUUGCGAUGAGGAUUUGCAAGUCGAGGAGUGCUGAAUGAUUACUGGAUUGUUCCUUCCGUAGAUAAUAACAAUAAUAAACUAUUUGAACUAUCUAUUCGUUCAGCGACGUCUCAAUGCAACUUUUCCUGGUUCACGGACAGUGCAAGGCAACGCGUUUUUCGUUCCGAGACUGGCUGCUGCCGAUUCGGGAUGAAUUCGCUUUUGUCUUCUCACCUCAUCCGAUAAAUCAGGCAGUGUGGCGAAUACCCGUUUUACGAUCUCACCUAGCGAUCCAAUCAUUGUUUCCUCCCGAGACUUUAUUGACCCCGAUUGGCUAUCUAGCGUGCUUCUACCACGUAUUGAAACAUUAAUCACAAACGACGAUGAAACAUCGCUUUUUACUUUUUCUAGCUCUCCUUCCGACGGUCUUUUCCGAAGAUUGUAAGUUUCACUAUUCUUUUAUAAUUUCAUUCAAUAAGGUAUUUUAGUUAGAACGUGUUUUAAAAGAGUUUCAAGAAGAUCCAUAGGAAACUAUGCUCCGAUUGCCGAGUAUCGGCGGACAGCACUCACAAUGUGCACUCAGCACUGUAUAAUGGCAGCUGGAAACGGACCAGAUGGAGUAUGUUCGGUUUUUUUGUUUUUUAUUUAAAUUUCCAGUUACUUCAGGGUUCUAUCUGCAAAGCAUUUACGUAUGAAGUGGAGAAACAGCUCUGUAAACUUUACGAUAAUGAUGGGCACAAAGUGAGUUUUUAUCAAGAGUAAUUUAUUCAUUCUUUAUGUGUUCAGAUCCCAGCAGUCAUCCAUCCAAUAAUUGGAAUCGACAUUUUCUACAGAACGUCCGACAUGGGAGAGUGUGCGGGACCAAUGUCCGGUCAGCACAUGAAUCCUAACUUUGUGAAGUUGAACAAUGAAAAGAAUGAUCUGAAAUCCAGUCUAGUCAAAACCGAUUCUGUGAAAGGAUCCGACUUGCCAACCCCGGGGUUUGAGCAUAUUCCUUUGUACUUUUUUAUCAAAUUUCUUCCAGAAACGACCAAUUCAUGCAGAAAACUAAAACGUUGGCCUCUCCAAUGUACGGUUUCUUAUUUCAUGUAUAUCACCGGAUAGUUCAUUUUUAGAUUGAAAAUGGAAAAUAUGGACGAAGUGUUGAGAUCAAAGUUGAAGGGAGAAGACGCACUUGUCCCGAUGUCGGAAAAGGAUACGGAUGCGAGAAAAGAGUUCGAAAAGACCGGUAUGAUCCGAAUCACGCCAUAUCCCUUCUUGUCAAAAUGAUUGGUCAACCGAUUCUUUCCACUUCCGUUUUGAAAAUCCACUCCGAAAAAGAGGAGAAAAACUUGCAGACGGGCCAUUGAAAUGCAAAACAUCAAGUGGAUAUUAUGUGGUUGUCGGCAACGAGAUCGUCUUGCCGAUAAGCGGAGGCGAUGUACGAGUGUAUAAUGAAGUGGAGCAGGGAGAUUGCGCCAAGUAUUGCAGCGAGAACAAAGUGCGAAAAAGAGAGCAUCUCGCGUGUCAAUCUUUCUUUCUCUUCAGGGUCCCGAUGGCUCGUCCAUCAACUGCCGCUCUUUGAACUAUUUCCCGAUGGACCGGAAGUGCGAGUUGUACGGCAUUCUCGCUGAACCGCAUGGAACCGGAAAACUUUUAGAAAACGAAAAAGUGAUUUACGCGGAGAAGUUCUGCCUUCCAGGUUAGGCCCACAUAAGUUACAAUUGUUUCUAUUCAUUCAUAUUAUAUACAGAAUCUCCGUUCAUCUGCCAAAAUGACGAGAUUUUUAUUUUGCACGUCCAGAAAACACUCUCAAAGCGUAGACGAAUCGCGAGUGAAUCGGCGGGCUCAAUCACAGAUUGUCUGCGUAAAUGUCUAGACCACGAAGAUUGCAGGGUGAUUUCACCGAUCACAGACCCUCUUUUCACACUCGACCAUUAUUGCAGAGCUCCGUGUUCACAUCGAGCACCAAAAAAUGCGACCUUCACAACGUGGAUGUGUCUUCCGGCGAUUAUGCUCGCGAUUCGGACCACGAGACGGUGCUCAUUGAGAACGGGUGCCGGAGAAAAGGUGUCAGCCCCAAAAGGAAGAGCACAGGAUCCCUUCUGGUGAGCUCGAAAGUGACAAAAACUCAUUGUUGUUGUUGUUUAGAAAAUUCUUGAGACUUCAUCAUCCGAAAAAGAGUCGACCGAAGGUUGGUCCGGAUGCGAUUACAAAAUCGACGGAGAAAGAGUCCGGGUGAGUUAUUUUUUGUGUUACGCGCACAUACUUUUGUUUGCAUUUCCAUAAGUGGCCUAUAUUCAUUCUUCAUUGAGUGCACUUGUGAACAUUCUUCUUUUUCACUAUAUGUUUUUUUUCCAGGUCCGAACUAAAGACGACGGAGAGAUGGAGACAGAGGUCUGCUGA